AUGUCCCAGUUUUCUGGCUUUGGCGUAGAAGUCGAACUCAAGGAUGGAAAAAUCAUAUCUGGCACCGUGGCGAAGGCCAACGGCAAAUCGCUCACACUCUCUGACGUUAUUUUCAGCGACGGAGGAACGUCUCAAAUUUUCAAAGUGAAAGGCACUCGCUUGAAGGACUUGAAAGUGGUGUCUACACCCAAACAAACUAGCCCCACAGCGAAACCAGCAAAUAAACCCAGUCCCAAAAUUGAGACUCCUGCUGUAAAUGAUUGGCAGCACGACGAUGCUGCAGUUAUAAAAAAUCAAGAAGAUUUCGAUUUCCAAGAAAACCUACGCAUGUUUAACAAACAGGACGUAUUCGCCAAGCUCAAAGAGCAGGACCAAGUUGGACAAAAUGCACGUCUUGUAGCGCACAACAUACGGGAUAAGAAGAUAGAAACGGACGAGCUCGUUAUUCCAGACGCCAAACAGGAUAAUUGGGAUAGUUUGGAAGAGGACUCGACGCAUACAGAAUACCUGCCCAUCACAAAAUCCAUUAAUAUCACCCAUCUUUUGCAAACUGCUGGUGACACGGAAACUAAAAAUGACCCAAUGUUGACACAGCUACAGCGGGCUUUAAAGUCUCCUCGGUCCUCGUCAGUGUCUAAGGGUGCAGGGUUCGUAGCAGCAUCCACGGGUGUGGCAGUGCCCUGCGCAUCGCCUGUACAACUGUUAGAGAUUGAAAGGGUUUCCAGCGAGUCUUUCGGUUUCACUUCAAAGUUGGCAUUAGAGCACUGGGCAAUUCAUGCGUCGCAAUUUGUCAAGCAGAAACUAGGAGGUAGAGUGAGGUUACAUGUUCAAAACUCUAACCCACAGCCGUUGGUAAUUAUUCUUGCAGGUGACAACAGAUGUGGGGCACGCGGUUUGGCUUUGGGUAGAGCUCUUUGCCAAUCAUCUCUAGUUCGUGUCAUGGCGCUUUUCACAAAUACGCCUGAAGAUCCAGAGGUCAACGAGCAAUGGCAGCUAUUUCAAAAAUGCGGCGGUAAGACUGUUGAAUCUCUGCAGUCUUUGAAAUCAAGUUUGGAGAAACUCAACUCUCCGGUGGAAAUAGUGUUUGAUGCCAUGCAGGGCUUCGAUUCGAAUCUUCAGGAUAUCUGUUCAGAUGCUAGUGACGAAGGACGUUUAGAAGAUAUUAUAAGGUGGUGCAAUUCGCAGAAAUCUAUUUGGUCGUUGGACAUUCCUAGCGGUCUCGAUGCAGCGAGCGCAAUGCCCAAUUUUCUGGGUGUGCACGUCAACGCAACAACUGUGAUCUGUUUAUGCUGGCCAUUGACGGGGACAUACAAUUUAAAGACUCAACUAGUCGAUCGAGGACUUGAGAUUCAUUUGGUUGAUAUGGGGGUUCCUCAGGCUGUAUAUUCCAUGCGAACGUCGUUGCGGAAAUUUCAGGUUGCUGAUCUAUUCGUUGCCGAGGGUAUGGUACAGUUGAAUUAG